UUUCCUGUUAGUGGUAACAGAAGGAACAGGAAAGAGUUCCCAUCACAGAAAUCAACGCCAGGAGUCCAGCAGCCCAUUCCCCUGUCUUGCUCCUUGGCAUUUGAACCCCUCAGGAAUCCAGGCAUUUAGAUUCUAGUGGCCUCAGGCGCCUGGCCAGGUAUUUUGUUUAGGCUUAUCUCAUAAUUCCUCCACACCCGCCCCCUGACCUGGGCCUCGUCUUUCAACUCCUGGGGCCCUCAUUAAGUACGUGAGUGUUUUCUUUUCCUAAACCGGUUUACCCACCACCAACCCCCUGGACUCCUUACGUGCGUGUCUCCGUUCUGCAAUCCGGUCGAAUUGGUCCGCUAGGUGGACAGGAGACCCAAACAGCCUCCUAGUGGGUUCCUGGGUCACGUGGGGCCCAUCUAGAGUGCCUCCUAAAGUUCCCCUCCUCACGCAUGCGCCCCACUCACUGACCCGAUGGAGAACGCGCUCUAAGCUCCGCCCAGCCCUUCUGGCUCCGCCCCCUUCUGAGGAGUCCCGUGUCCUCAUUGGUGAGCUGCGGACAGGGAUGUUUGCCCGUCUGGCCAGGCCUGGACUCUCGACUCGCGGCCAGCGGAGCCACGCCCCCCCGGCGCUGAACGCGGGGGGCCAGUGCCGGCCGGGUCUUCCCACGUAUAUCGCCCGCCCACCCUCGCCGCCACCAGGGGAAAGGCGCAGGCGCCUCACGCAGCCUCUCUGCAGCUUUCAAGCCCUUAUCGGUACUUUCCUCUCAACCAUCCUCUCCUCCGCACGGCCCCGAGCCGUCCGGCUGGGUGGCUGGAUGGGUGGGCCGAGGUGGAACAUCCUGAGCCCUGCUCCCGGAGGGGCUCUCAGUGGCGGCAGCCCUGUUACUUCCCAGAUGGCACAUAGAGCUGAGCCCCCCGACGGGGGCUGGGGAUGGAUGGUGGUGCUCUCAGCGUUCUUCCAGUCGGCGCUGGUGUUCGGGGUGCUCCGCUCCUUCGGCGUCUUCUUUGUGGAGUUUGUGGCAGCGUUUGAGGAGCAGGCGGCGCGAGUCUCCUGGAUCGCUUCCAUAGGAAUCGCGGUGCAGCAGUUCGGGAGAUCUGGCUGGGCCUUGACCUUCACUCCAACCCUGGCCUGCCUGUCCCGUUACUUCUCUCGCCGGCGAUCCCUGGCCACCGGGCUGGCACUGACGGGCGUCGGCCUCUCCUCCUUUGCCUUUGCCCCACUUUUCCAGUGGCUGCUCAGCCACUAUGCCUGGCGGGGGGCCCUCCUGCUGGUGUCUGCCCUCUCCCUCCACUUGGUGGCCUGUGGUGCUCUUCUCCGCCCACUCUCCCUGGCUGAGGACCCUGCCGUGGGUGGCCCUGGGACCCAACUCACCUCCCUCCUCCAUCACGGCCCCUUCCUCCGUUACACUGUCGCCCUCACCCUGAUCAACACUGGCUACUUUAUUCCCUAUGUGCACCUGGUGGCGCAUCUGCAAGACCUGGACUGGGACCCACUGCCUGCUGCCUUCCUACUCUCAGUGGUGGCUAUUUCGGAUCUUGUGGGGCGUGUGGCUUCUGGGUGGCUAGGGGAUGCAGUCCCAGGGCCUGUGGCAAGACUCCUGAUGCUCUGGACCACCCUGACUGGGGUGAUACUGGCCCUGUUCCCUGUGGCUUUGGCUCCCACAGCCCUGGUGGCUCUGGCUGUGGCAUAUGGCUUCACAUCAGGGGCCCUGACUCCAGUGGCCUUCUCCGUGCUGCCUGAACUGGUGGGGACUGGAAAGAUAUACUGUGGCCUGGGACUGGUGCAGAUGGUAGAGAGCAUCGGGGGGCUGCUGGGGGCUCCUCUGUCAGGCUACCUCCGGGAUGUGACAGGCAACUACACGGCUUCCUUUGUGGUGGCUGGGGCCUUCCUCCUUGCAGGGAGUGGAGUUCUCAUCACUCUGCCUCACUUCUUCUGCUUCUCAGCUCCUACUUCCAAGCCCCAGGACCUUGUAACAGAGACACUGGGUACCAAAGUCCCUCUGCCCAGUGAGGGGCUGGGAGAGGAAUGAACUCCAGGAAGGGCUAGUCAGACCCAGAAAGCCAGAGGUUGGCAGCUCUAGGUCUUCUGCCCCAUCUUGGCACCCACAGAACCACAGUGCCUUAAACAUCUUGAUCUGCCUCCCCUCAACCAGAGCAGGCCUGGGGCUCCUGCAAUGUGUGUGCCAGCUCCUUGUAUCUUGUUGAGGAGAGUCAUCUCUUCUUUGCUCCCACAACCUUUUCUGAAGGAUGCAGGCAUUCAGCCUGCUCCACUGAGCUGUGAAUCAACUGUGGAAAUCAAAGGCCAAGAAGAGUCUUCUCAUGUUUUACUUGUGAUCUCCAUUGUUGCCUUCUAAGUUUCUUCCCUGAAGACAUCUUUGGGAAAGAAGGAUGCCCCUUUGAAUUAAAACUGAAUAAGAAAAUUGGAUAAUAAGAACCUCAAGAAGAGCUGGGGCCCAUGAGCUUGGGUUGGCUGAAUGGGGGCAUGCUGGGGAGUGGAGGGGAGGUGUUCAGGUGCUCUGGUGACCCAGAGCAUUUAACCCCUGGACUCUGCUCCCUGGACCACAGUUCCUCCCAUUUGCUCACUGACCUCCCUCUUUCCCACUAUGCCCUGUAACUUAGAAAAUAAAUUAAGUAAACAAGGGACAUGGCGGGGGUGGGGGGGACUGUGCGGGGAUGUGUGCCAGUUUGGGAAGGAGAGAAAAAGCUAAGAGAGCUGAAGUCUGGGUCUGGGAUUCUUGUAUUUCCCUAAGGCCAGAAGAAGGAGGUUGAAAUGCAGGAAAGAAUUGUCUGGGAAAUGAGGUUGGGGCAGCUAGCACUCAAGAGCACUGCCCUCCAAUAAACUGAAGCUGACGGACAGACA